CCCCAAGAUCCAGAUACGAACCCAUGUUUAUCUUGAAAAAUCACGCAUGAUAUAUGUGACAAGACUGAAAAUAUUGACUUAUGCCUCCCAAGUUCACUGAAGCGCCCAAGAGAUUAUUCAUUUAUCGCCUCAUUUUCACUUGCCAUGGCAUCUGAGACCAAUCCAACGUUCCAAGUUGGUGAUCAUGAAGCUUUCAUGGAAUAUGCCCUCACCCAAGCCAAAAAGUCGCCGCCAGCUAGCAACAAAUUCUGCGUCGGAGCAGUACUUGUAGAUGCAGCCAAAGGAAGGGUCUUAUCGACAGGGUACUCGCUUGAAUAUCCGAGAGACUACAAAGGAGAUCCAGGUACCACACACGCAGAGCAAUGCUGUUUUAUCAAGAUCGCCGACGAGCACAACCUUCCCGAGGAACGCAUACAUGAAGUCCUUCCACCGGAUACUGUACUGUACACAACCAUGGAACCUUGCAAUGAAAGGCUGAGCGGCAACAUGACUUGCGCGACCAGAAUCUUGAGACUCAAUGGCGCUAUCAAGACUGUUUAUGUGGGCAUCAGGGAACCCGGAACAUUUAUUGCAAACAAUGAUGGGCAGGAAAGACUCGAGGCAAACGGUGUCAAGGUCGCGUAUCCUGUCGAACAUUGGCGCGACAGAAUCACGGAGAUCUCGAUGGCCGGACAUUGAAAGACUUCCAUUAGCUUAGCUUGGCUGUGCUAGGAUGAAGAAUAAGGCUGCCGGUGCACCGGAACGGCCCGCAUAAGCCGCUUGAUUUUGACAAAGUCUUUGCUACCUCCAUAAAUACAUAAAUGCAUGAUACAAAGAACUGCGGUCUCAUUGCAUCUUCUCACAGUACUCCUGCUUCAUACCUAGUGGACAUCCUAAUAAAUGACUGAUAAAAGCUAGGAG